AUGACUUUCCGAGAUCUCCUGAGCGUCAGUUUCGAGAGACCCCGCCCGGAGAGCAGCGCCGGGGGCUCCAGCGCGGGCGGCGGCGGGGGCGGCGCGGGCGGCUCGGCCGCCUCGGAGGGCCCGGCGGUGGGCAGCGUGCCGGGGUCCGCGGGCGGCGGCGGCGGCGGCGUGGUGGGCGCGGGCGGCGGCGAGGACAACCGGACCUCCUCCGGGGAGCCUGGGGGCGCGGGCGCGGGUGGCGAGGUGAACGGCACGGCGGCCGUCGGGGGGCUGGUGGUGAGCGUGCAGGGCGUGGGCGUUGGCGUCUUCCUGGCCGCCUUCAUCCUCACCGCGGUGGCGGGCAACCUGCUCGUCAUCCUCUCUGUGGCCUGCAAUCGCCACCUGCAGACGGUCACCAACUAUUUCAUUGUGAACCUCGCCGUGGCUGACCUGCUGCUGAGCGCCACCGUGCUGCCCUUCUCGGCCACCAUGGAAGUUCUGGGCUUCUGGGCCUUCGGCAGGGCCUUCUGCGACGUGUGGGCCGCCGUGGACGUGCUGUGCUGCACGGCCUCCAUCCUCAGCCUCUGCACCAUCUCGGUGGACCGGUACGUGGGCGUGCGCCACUCGCUCAAGUACCCCGCCAUCAUGACCGAGCGCAAGGCAGCUGCCAUCCUGGCUCUGCUCUGGGCCGUAGCCCUCGUGGUGUCCGUGGGGCCGCUGCUGGGCUGGAAGGAGCCAGUGCCCCCUGACGAGCGCUUCUGCGGCAUCACGGAGGAGGUGGGCUACGCCGUCUUUUCCUCCGUUUGCUCCUUCUACCUGCCCAUGGCUGUCAUCAUUGUCAUGUAUUGCCGCGUGUACGUGGUGGCACGAAGCACCACACGCAGCCUCGAGGCAGGAGUUAAGCGAGAGCGAGGCAAGGCCUCCGAGGUGGUGCUGCGCAUUCACUGUCGCGGCGCCAGCACCGGCCCAGACGGGGCGCACGGCACGCGCAGUGCCAAGGGCCACACCUUACGCAGUUCCCUGUCCGUGCGGCUACUCAAGUUCUCCCGUGAGAAGAAGGCGGCCAAGACGCUGGCCAUCGUCGUGGGUGUCUUUGUGCUCUGCUGGUUCCCGUUUUUCUUCGUCCUGCCUCUCGGCUCCCUGUUCCCGCAGCUGAAGCCCUCCGAGAGCGUUUUCAAGGUUAUCUUCUGGCUGGGCUACUUCAACAGCUGCGUGAACCCGCUCAUCUACCCGUGCUCCAGCCGCGAGUUCAAGCGCGCCUUCCUCCGCCUCCUACGCUGCCAGUGCCGCCGGCGCCGGCGUCGGCGCCCCCUCUGGCGCGUCUACGGCCACCACUGGCGGGCCUCGCCCGGCGGCCUGCGCCCCGACUGCGCCUCCGGCCGGGACGCUGCGCCCCCCGGGGCCCCGCUGGCCCUCACCGCGCCCUCGGCCCCAGGCUUCCCCGGCACGCCCGAGGGGCAGGGUCCAGUCGCCGGCCGUCGAAAGCCUCCCUGCGCCUUCCGCGAGUGGAGGCUGCUCUGGCCGUUGCGGAGACCCACCACCCAGCUGCGUGCCAAGGUCUCCAGCCUGUCGCAUAAGAUCCGCGCCGGGAGCGCGCAGCGCGCAGAGGCCUCGUACAGCCUACGCGCCGAGGUGGAAGCGGUGUCCCUAGGCGUCCCGCACGAAGUGGCGGAGGGCGCCACCUGCCAGGCCUACGAAUUGGCCGACUAUGGCAACCUCCGGGAGACUGAUAUUUAAGGACCCCUGCGCAGGGCUGUGGAGUGUGCUGGGAAGGGGCGUGGGAGGGAGGCCGGCUUUGUCCAGGAGGCCAGGUGGAUCUGGAGCCCAGACACUGAUGGAGCGGCUGCUCUGUGGUGUCCCUGAGAAACUAUGACGGGAGUAGAGCCCUUGAAGGGUGAAAAGUUGUGGGCUCCCUCCUGGACAAAGGCCCGGAGCGCCUUUCAAAGGGAGGGGCUGCGGGCUCCAUGGGGCCAUUUGCUCCCAGUCCCUGCGUAAGAAACACUGCCCCAUCCAUGUCCUGAUUCCUGGGCAGACAGCCCCAAGUAUGGCCAGGCAGGCCUGCCCUCCUCUUGGGGAGAAAAGGGCACAGAGGCCCUACCCGGCUGCCCCCAGUGCCUCCCCUAGGGAAAAAGUCAGUGGGUCCGGGGCUUCUCAAUGGACACCAUUUCUCCUUACUGCCGCCUGAAGGAAUGGGUGGACCUGCCACUGCCACCCACAGCUUUGGCAGCAGAUUGGAUAACCAUCCUAGAAGCCUGUUGUAUUUGCGGUGGGCCCACUCUCCCUACCCAGGUUCCUCCAUGCACACCCCCUCGCCUGGCCCAGUCCCCUGUUCUGUGCCCCCAGGGGCCUUACUGUUUACACUCUGUACAUAGCUCCUCAUGCCUGUGCCCAUGACUUCUGGCUGGGAUCCGGAGCCUUCAAAUGGGGAGAGCUUUGUUUGUCAUUUUGAGACAUAUUUAUUGGUAAGAGUACUUCUAUUUUGUCCAACUGUGUAAACUGUCCCUCUUUAGCUUAUAACCCAUAAAGAACCUUUUUUUUUUUUCUAAAAUCCUUCAAGUACUAAAGGCCCACAACAGGACAGAUUGGUUCUGCGCUCACCUUCCUGGUUUCAACUCAACUGUCUCUCUAACUGAUGGCUGCUGUCCUUUAGGACUUUAAGCAUGACUAAAGGACGCAAGGGUUUUAUGGGCUUUUAAGUUCCACAUUAUUAGUCUUAGGAAUCAAACAGUAAUCAGAAGCACACAUUUUUGCUUUUUCAGUCCCUGUAAUGUAUCUGUGAUGCUCUGAGGGCCUCAGUGAGGGAGGUGACCAUCAGUUAAAUGGGUGAAACAUGACAUGAAGAAAUACCGAGCCCAAGAAGACAGGUGUACAUGGUGAAGGAAGGGACACCUACCUGGGAACCAUGCUCGUUAGCUUUGAGUAAAAUAUUCAGCACAUGUCACAUUCCCAAGACAUGGCGCAUGGUUCAGUCUUCAGCUGGAUGUCAAUCACUUACAUCCAGCCAGCACAGGAGUGAUGACUGUGGCCCAGCAGACCCUUGGAAGGAGAGCUGGUUAGACAAUAUCCUGGGGUGUCUGGAGUAGGAUAUUCUGAAACUGGAAGAGCCAGCUACUGGGGUCAAUGUGGACCAGUAUUUGGAGUCAAAAGUUUCCAUCCUGUCCUGGGGAGGUAGUCUGCAUGAAAGGUCACAAUUUCAGACCUGUUCACCCCAAUUUUAAAAGGUAAAAAGGCAGUCAAAAUUGGGGUUCAGGAGAAGACUUUUCACACUGAGGGUCCACAGCAGGUCCUGGACUUUUGGGCCUGGCAUCCCAUCUGUGGCAUAGGAAGGGCAGUUGAAGACAGGUGCUUGGAGCAUGUUGCACAUCCCAAAGAGGGUCCUACUUUGCCACACAUCAGCCAUCCUAAAAACUGGGGACACUGGAGGACAGCCCUUGCCAUCUUCUCACAGAGCUAGAGACCAUCUCUGUCAAAUGUGGCCAGCAUGGGACAGCCCCCAGCAUCAGAGGGUCACACACUGGGCUCCUGGACAGGGAUUCAACAGCAGUGGAGGGUCUCUGAGCAGGAUGGAUGUGGCCUGCCAUGUUUCAGGGCAAUUGGUCCCGCAGGAGGUCAACAGUGGGGGCAAGGGAGCAGGGUGUGGAGGGAGCCUUCAUCAGGAGGACUUUAGGAGUCCUUCCCUGCUCUGGAUAACCCAGCAGGCAUGGAAGCAAGCCUCAGCUCCUGUCUUCUGGGCACAGGGUUCCUCUGCACACGGCUGUCUCCUCUUGUACUGCCACACCAAGUACGAAGCCUUCAGGAGAUGGGAAAGGGCAGCCGAGCCCUCAAAGAGGCUGUGCUACAGCCGGGACAUCCAGGAGUAUGGUUCUAGUCAUCCAUAAAGCACUGAGCUACUGACCUUGGCCUCAGGAUGUGCCAAAGGGUCACAGAGUGGCCAAGAGGAAGGGAGGGAAUAGCAACAGCCCUCUGGAGGAGGGAGCCUCUUGCAAAUGGUUUGGGGCCAUCUGCAAGAAGUGCAGUCACUGCACUAUUUCCUGAGUCCUCAGCUGCCUCAGCCCCAAGCCUGGCCCACACAUCUGAUUAAAGAGACCUUUAUAUGCACCUGAAGCGCAUAUUUAAAAAUGGAGCUGUUGUCUGCAGAGGCCCCUGUGCAAUGUCAAGGUAACAGGGAGAGAGAAAGACUCAGCACCCAUCAAAAUGAGAGUAGGACUUUGUCUGCACAGUCCUCAAGGGAUGGGGUGUGGCCUGUGGGAGUUUGUGAAUAGGAAAAGAGAUGGUCCUAUAAGAUGUGCCAGAGACAGAGCAAGCCUCCAAGGACACUGGCAUUUGCCCAAGCCUCCCUGCCCCCCACCUUAGAAAGCCUCUUUCCUGCUUCCCACCCAAGGCCCCAGCCCAGUCUGUCUGCCCUCCCUCUUGAGCUGGGCUCUGGCCACCCAUCUUGCCUUGCUUCCCACACUCUUUCAGGGACCUCUGUCCCCACUAUCCCCCAGGGCUGCUUUUGCAAGUCACCUGGGACCUUUCAUUUCCCCCAUCUCCUCCCCUGUCUCUGCUGCACUCCCUCCUGGUGGCCACCCCUGCGUGCUGGAAAUGUUCCUCUCCCUGCCCAAGCCACGCCCCUGGGAUCUCUGCUGCUCCCCUGACCACACUUUCUCUGCCUCCUGCGCAGGCGCCUCUCUCUGCCCUUAAACGUCCCCCAGUGUUCUCAUUUUCUUUUUCUCAACUGUCCACACCAUCUCAUCCUUUCCAAAUCAUUGCACUGACCACUUGUACAAAACUGGCUUGCAGGGGUCUGUCUCUCAUUCCAGCCACGUGCCUUCACCCUCCCUGUGGAUGACCCCCAGCCCACCUGCCUCCUGCAAAGCUGUCACCUCCACGCCAUGUGGGCGUGACAAGGCCACGGGUGCUGAGGCUGCAGGCUCCCAGAGGCCCUGCCCCUGCCCACCCUCUUCCCUCUCCAUCAUCUUCCCAAGGUCUCUUUCCCAGAUGCCCUGCUCAGAACUAAGCCCUGAGCAUCCCCCAGCCCCCUAGGAAGCUUGCUUGCUCCAAGGCCAUCCUGGCUUAGAGUCCACUGUUGAGCCCAUACCUGCAUCCAUCACAGUGAAGUGGACUCUCUGUCCCCAGAGCUGCUCAAAGCCAGUGUGAGUGUUUAUUAAAUCCUGGAUUGAUGGAGUUGGCCCACCAACCCUUCCUGGGACACUGUCCCGUUGCUCACCUGGUGACUGGCUCGACAUCACAUCUUUGCGAAGCCCCCACCCCCACUGGUCCCACCAGUCCUCACGGGACUAGAACCUGUAUUGUCCCCCACCCAUAGAGGCAGCGGUGCCCUGAACACGUGCUCCAUGGACCCUCCAGCCCACCCACCCCUCCCACUUGGAGCCCCACUCCCUAAAGACUUUUCCCCUGACCCCCUACCACAAACCAUAGUCCCUCUUGCUCCAGGCGCUGACAGGUCCUGGGGAAAGGUUUGGGACCUCAGUCACCCUCUCCUCAGUGACCUGUCAUAGCUCUGACUCCCCAGUGCCCCCCUGACCCUGUUUCUAUUCCCAUCCUGUUACACCCCCAGGGGGUUUCAUGUUCACCGUCUACUUGGAAAGAAUCUCCUUUUUUUCUCCAUCUUGUGGCUCCAGUGAAGCACAAAACCAGAUGCUUGUAAAGGCUAAACCGGUCCUGCAGCCUCUGCUCGGAAUAGCUCUCUGGAGAGUCCGGGGGACCCAGGUGGUGGGGCCUUUGGGAAGGGGGCCGGGCUGGGCUGGCAUUUCUUCCCUCCCACCCAGCCCUUGGCAGGAGUAGGGCAACAAAGAGAAUGCUGAACAGGUCCCUGGCCCACAUUCUCAAAACUGCUCUGGGGGAAAAUGAAGCAAGAAUUACAGGGUGCAUUUGGAAUCAAGAAAAAAUCCCAGGAACUGUGGCCAUGACGGUCGAGCUUUCAGAGCCAGGAGCCAGAGGGAGGGAUGCACUGCAGGCAGCUGCUCGGACCUCACCGGUGACAUCUGUGGGUGUACCUUCCAGGGACUUGCCAUCCAUGUGGCCCCCCCCAAUGCUGCUUGCAUCUGCCUCUUUUUGUCCUGCCAGAAACCAAAGAAGGAAUCCUGGUUCCCAUUGCUGGGAGAGACCCAGAUUGGUCCCAUUCAUCUUUUGAGCCAUGUCACAGAGGUCAUUGGUCACUGGUGAGCCUAUGGAUUGGUUAGUUUGGGGACAAGUCUGAACAGGUGGACAAGCAGAUGGGCAUGGCAUGGAUCAUGUGAUAUAAAACACAGCUGUCUGGGUACCUAUGCCUGUGGGUGGAGUAAUUCUCCUAGAAGGGGAAGGGGCAAUUCAGAUAAUGACAGACAUCUCGAGCACGCUGGAUGGGUUAAGAACGCAGCUGCAAGUAAUAAGGAAGCUGAUCAAUAGCUGCCUAACCAGGGCACAGUAAUUUUUCACAUCAUAAGUUGCAAGGUAGAUGGUUGCUGGCAUUGUCUGUCACAGGCCCAAUCUAUCUUCCCUUCCUAUAUUUUUGUUUGUUGACUUUUGCCCUCUUGGUUGCCUCAUCAUGAUCAAUGGCUCCAUAAUUCACAUUCUUAUUCAAGGCAGAGACAAAAGACGAAAGGUCUGGGCUGUAGCAUGUGCCUCCUUUUACUGAGCUAAUGAAAGCUUGUGCAGAACCACCUCUCCUCCGCACGCCUUCCCUUAGGGACCAGGACCACCUUGCAAGGGAGACUGGUAAAAUACAAAACAGGAUGGAGUGAUUGACUGGGAGCAGAGGACUGCAGAGUGGGCUGCAUCCAGCCCUCCACCUUUUUGUACAGCCCACGAACUCAGAUUGGGGUAGGGGGGAGUCAAAAGAAAAAUUUUAACAGAAUUCAUGAUGGAAAAAUUUUAAGAAAGCUCCUUCUUGGUUUGCACUGCCUAAGUUUACUAGCUUGCCCUUUACAGAAAGUUUGCUGACCCUUGCUUUAGGGCAAUGUGGUUCAUUGGGCACAUUGGGCACAUUGCUGACCUGAACAAAAUCAGGAUGCUGGCAGCCUGAAGGAGCAGAGAAUGGAUAUGGGGCAGGUAGCUCGCAGUGUCUGCUACCUAUGCCAAGCAACACAUUUCAAGCCUGCAUCCAGUUAUCUAACCUGCAACCGCAUAAGGUAAGGGUUUCUUUCCCCUCUCCAGGAACCUGACACAAAAAGGUUUUCUAGAAGCCCUAGACAUCUUUGUAGACUGACCAAAUGUGCAGCAUUUUGAAAGAGACCUAUGAAAAGGAAAAGGAGACGCCAGAAAAUAUCUGGGUGGCUGUGUCCCGAAAGGCUCCAUGGGGUAUUUUGCUCAACGAACUUGCCCCCAGCCAAGGUGCUAGUCCUCAGUAUUAACAGGUCAAGAAAAUGAGACUAGUCAGUGCUCCAGUUCCUGUCUCAGAUAUGCUGACACAGCUUAACACACUAGGAUGUAAAUUUCAUAAGCCCAAAGCCAAUGUGCUAAUUUUUAGUGGGAAAUACAGCUUAACUAUUAUGCAAACCAAUGUCCUCAGGAUGACAAAUGAUAGGAAGCCAAACUGUGGUCUGAAAGCCCAUUAGUGAGUUCAGAGGCAGAGCCAGGAAGUAAAUAGGAGUUUAUUUAGUGCACAAGGCAUGGGGCCUGGUUCCUAGUUCAGAGCUUUACCUCACUGUACGUCCUGCCUCUGUUUCCAUGGCACAUCCUUCUCCACCCUCCCAUCUACAUGACUCAGCCUUCGUCCUACCCUGUGCCUUUAAGUUCACUUUACUUGUCUCUAAUCCCAUCCAUCCUGGGUCCAUUUCAGAGUGGAACCCUCAGAAGAACCAUAGUGUCCAAGCCAUUUAGGACACUUCUUAUGGUCUCCCUAGUGGGCAAGCCUACCAGUGUCAGAUGCCUGGUCUCCUGCAGAUUAGGCAAGCAGUUGGCGUUCCUCCAACUCAGGUGUGAACUGCACCUGCCCAAGUGGAUUGUCUUCUGACACCUUUCAACCACCCAGAACCCUCCAGCCAAUAACAAAUGGCCAGGUGAUGGUCACUGAACAAUGCAGGCUUUGAUAAUAUUCACUGAGCACCUACUAUCUGCCCAGUAGGUGGGGAUACUUCCAUGUACAAGAGAAAAAAAGCUCCACCUCCAUGGUUCUCAUUUUGGGACAGGAAUGAUAGGUAAUCAACAACAUAAACAAAAUAUAAGUAGACGGUGAUAAGCAAAAAAAAAAAAGUAGAGAAAGAGAAUAGGAAGUAUUGGGGAUGGGGAGAUUGUACUUUUAGACAGAGUAUCCAGGGAAGUUCUUCGGUAGAAGGUAAUGUGUGAAGAUUGUAAGGGAGUAAAUUGUAUAGAUCUCUGGGGAAAAGCAUUCCAGGCAGAGGGAACAGCAGGUGCAAAACACCUGCCUUAGGAAAGGACCUGGUGUGUUCAAAGAUUAGCUAAUGCAUACUCCAGGGAACUGAAUCCUUUGGCCCAUUCCUGCCAGGCUUCUUUGCUGGGCCUGAGUCACCUGUGUGCCCUGGGUGGCUUCCAGUCAAUGGGUCCAUUGCUCACUGUAUAACUUGUGCCUAGAAAUACCCUUCUUGGGCUGGGUGACUCCCCCAAAGAGAGGUGUAUCAGUCAGCUGUUGCCAUGAUAAUGCUGCAAAACAAGCCACCCUUAAGUUCCCAGCUUAUAAGAGCAAGCAUCUGUUUAUUUUGCUUAUGUGUCUGUCUGCAGGUCCUAGAUUUGCUGACAGUUUCCAUGGGCUCAGAUCUUUUCCCCUCUUCUCCAUAUUCUCCUUGAAAAAUCAGCUAUCAGUGGAAUGUUCCUCUCAUAACAAAUGGGAAGUACAAAACUGUGAAAAUAUGUUUAAAGCUUCUGCUCAUAUCAUAUCAUGCCUGUUUGCAUUCCAGUUGGCCAAAAUAAUUUCAGCUGGCGAGGCUCAAGGUCAAUGGGGCAAGAAAAUAUACUCUGCUUCCAGAAGGAAAGUGACUGAAUAUUUGCUGAAUAAUCUUCUAAUCUGUCACAGGGAGCUGGGUUGGGACUUCAACUUAUGAAUUUGGGGAGAACACAACUCAGUUCAUAAUAACCUCUUUAGUGGGAGGAGAUGCAAGGCCACGUGGCAAAGCACGUGGUCACAGGAAGGAGCAAAGAGCUGAGGUCACUUUUGCCAUCACCUACCACAAAUGGCAGCACCAAUCUGGCUCCUGCCCUGAGCUAGAACAAGCACGGGUCCCGACUGGACCACCCACUCCUACGGCCUGGAACAAGGACCCCACCUCACCAAGCCCUAGGUUUCCUCCUCUGUCACUGGGGCCCAGCUCACACUCUUUUGUGAGAAUCAAGUAAGAUCCUGUUGUAUAUGUGCUAUGAAGUUUAGAAAGAGCUACAGGGAGAGACUGGUUUUCUAACCUAAAUAGGGACAUCACUCAGGCAUAAAGGCAAGAGGCAAAUAUUUCCAAACCUGGUCAAUGUAACUACAAUGAAAAAGAACACAUUGGAAAGAAAAAGGGGAUAUAAAUAAAGUCACAAGAGAGAAUACCAUGAACAAUUUUAGACCAGUAAGUAUUUAAACCAACAUCAGAAGGUCAAUUUUCUAAGAAAGUACAAACUGCCAAAUUUGCAUCUUCCCCGCAAAACUGGAAAAUCUUAACAGAACGCUAAUCAUAAAAGAAAUUAAAACAAUAGUCAGAGAUCCCCUUCCAAGAAAAAGAGCAGUAAGUCCAGCCAGCUUUACAAGUAAAUUCUUCAAAUCUUGGGGAAACAGAUACUUAACCGUUUAUACAUACUUUCUCUAUAUAUAGUAAAAAGAUGUAAAUCUACCCAAAUUAUUUUAAAAGCCCAAGGGCAGGGAGUGGGAAAAGCCCUAGAAAUCCAAUAGAAAAAAAAAUCUUGGGUAACUUGUAGAUUCAAAAGCCUAAAUAAAUAUUUGAACAUCCAGCAAUAUAUUAAAAUAAUAAUAUAUCAUGACCAGUAUGGUGGAUGGUAUUAUCAUCAAAACAUUUGCUUUGUCAAAGUGCCCCAACCUGCUGGGCACUUUUCUGCAGGAGAAUUAAAUGUCUAUUCACUGAUAUCAAGCACAGCAAUGACUUGCUUCGACCAGUGGAAUGUGAUUAGAAGAAACAUAUGCCAUUUCUGCGCAGAAACAUUAAGAUGUUCCAGUGUAUCUCUCUUUUGCAACUACCAUGAGAUGCUCCACCAGCGAGGGUCCUAGAAUUAAGAAGACAUGAAAUCAAUCUUCAGUGUUCAUGUGACAUGAGCAAGAAAUCAACUUCUCUUGUCACUUGCCAAGAUUGGGGGAUUGACUGUUACCAGAACAGAAUGUAGCCUAAGCUGACUGUCCUAAUACAAGGAAAACAUUAGAAAUGUUAUCAAUGUAAUUAACACAUUAACAGAUAAAAGAAGAAAUACCCAGUGAUAAUCUCAAUAGAUGCAGAAAAGCAUUUUGAUAAAAUUCCAUAUUCAUUUGUAAUAAAAUGUUUACAAAUUAGAUACAGAAGGGAAUUUCUUUAUCCUGUUAAAAGGUAUCCACCAGAAACCUAGGGCAAAUAGUAUGCUUAUUAGGAACUUUAGAAGCAUUCCAAUUAAAGUCAGGAACAAGGCUAUGGUCUCCAUGUCACUCAUUUAGUCAACAGUGUAUUUUAUGCAGUAACUAUAUUUAAUGCAGUAAGAAAGAGGGAAAAAAAUGACUGGUAUAUUGACAGUAAAGAAAUAUGACUAUCAGACUUUGCAGGAUCAUCUAACGAGUAAUAUUGUGAUAACCUGCCAAAAUGAAAAAUAAGCAUAGAUCUGAACUCCUGCCUCAUACCACAAGUCCACUA